AUGAAACUAGCUGUUUAUAGAAAAGAUCAAUGUUGGAAUUUAAUUUUUCUUUCUUCCGUGACCCAAAUUUUGAGCAGCGAAUUCAGGAACAUUUUGGUCACUCCCAAUCGUAGUCAGGUUGAGAAGCUUUCACCAGACUCACUUCCGGGUGUGAUCUGUCCGUUACUACAAUCCUCCUCUUUUUUUCUCAGCCGGUCACAGUUUAUUGUGACUGUAUCUAUCUAUCUAUCUAUCUAUCUAUCUAUCUAUCUAUCUAUAUAUAUAUAUAUAUAUACAUUGUGCAUACGAGCUUUCUUCUGUGUCAGCUACUUUCUUCAUGGUGUCUGUUCGUUUACAACGGCACGAUUCUCUUUUGUGGGUAGUGCUUUUGCAGUAGUUGCACCAUUGUUUGCGUUCUUUGUAGUUAUUUCGGCAUAUUCUGGUCACGUGUCCCUUUCUGACACACGUAAAACAGAAGCUUUCUUGUCCGACGUGGUUUUCCUUCUUCGUAAUUUUUGA